CGCCGCCAUGAUGUGCGAGGUGAUGCCUACCAUCAGCGAGGAUGGCCGGCGGGGCUCGGCGCUGGGCCCGGACGAGGCCGGCGGCGAGCUGGAGCGCCUCAUGGUCACGAUGCUCACGGAGCGCGAGCGCCUGCUGGAGACGCUGCGAGAGGCGCAGGACGGGUUGGCGACAGCGCAGCUACGACUGCGCGAGCUCGGCCACGAGAAGGACUCGCUGCAGCGGCAGCUCAGCAUCGCUCUGCCUCAGGAGUUUGCGGCUCUGACGAAGGAGCUUAACUUAUGUCGGGAACAGCUUCUGGAGAGGGAAGAAGAGAUCGCAGAGCUGAAGGCGGAGCGGAACAACACCCGGCUCCUUCUGGAGCACCUUGAGUGCCUGGUGUCCAGGCACGAGCGUUCCUUGCGAAUGACCGUGGUGAAGCGGCAAGCCCAGUCCCCUGGAGGGGUCUCCUCUGAAGUGGAGGUGCUCAAGGCUCUAAAAUCCCUCUUCGAGCACCACAAAGCCCUGGAUGAGAAGGUCCGGGAAAGGUUGCGGAUGGCACUGGAGAGGGUAGCAGUGCUGGAGGAGGAGCUGGAACUGAGCAAUCAGGAGGCCCUGAACCUUCGAGACCAGCUAUCUAGGAGACGGUCAGGACUAGAGGAGCCAGGCAAGGAUGGGGAUGGACAGACCCUCGCCAAUGGCCUGGGCCCCGUUGGAGAAUCCAGCCGGCGCACGGCAGAGCUGGAGGAGGCACUGGAGCGGCAGCGUGCAGAGGUGUGCCAGCUGCGGGAGCGCCUGGCGGUGCUCUGCCGUCAGAUGAGUCAGCUAGAGGAGGAGCUGGGCACCGCUCACCGCGAGCUGGGUAAGGCCGAGGAAGCUAACUCCAAGCUGCAGCGCGACCUCAAGGAGGCCCUGGCUCAGCGGGAAGAUAUGGAAGAACGCAUCACCACACUGGAGAAGCGCUACCUGAGUGCCCAGCGUGAGGCCACAUCUCUACACGAUGCCAACGACAAGCUGGAGAAUGAGCUGGCCAGCAAAGAGUCCCUGUACAGACAGAGUGAAGAGAAGAGCCGUCAGCUGGCUGAGUGGCUGGAUGACGCCAAGCAGAAGCUGCAACAGACCCUGCAGAAGGCCGAGACCUUACCUGAGAUAGAGGCUCAGCUGGCGCAGCGCGUGGCCGCUCUGAACAAGGCUGAGGAACGCCAUGGGAACUUUGAGGAGAGGCUUCGGCAGCUGGAGGCACAGCUGGAGGAGAAGAACCAGGAGCUACAGCGGGCCCGGCAGAGGGAGAAGAUGAACGAUGAUCACAAUAAACGACUGUCGGAGACCGUGGACAAGCUGCUAAGCGAAUCCAACGAGCGGUUACAGCUUCACCUCAAGGAACGUAUGGGGGCGCUGGAGGAGAAGAACUCACUGAGCGAGGAGAUCGCUAACAUGAAGAAGCUGCAGGAUGAGUUGCUGUUGAACAAGGAGCAGCUCUUGGCGGAGAUGGAACGGAUGCAGAUGGAGAUUGACCAGCUCCGGGGGAGGCCGCCCUCCUCCUAUUCCAGGUCCCUGCCUGGCAGUGCCCUGGAGCUCCGUUACUCCCAGGCGCCAACCUUACCUUCUGGUGCCCCUCUGGAUCCCUAUGGGGCUGGCAGUGGCCGGGCAGGCAAGAGGGGUCGCUGGUCGGGGGCCAAGGACGAGACUUCCAAGGAUUGGGACCGGUCUGCCCCUGCUGGGUCCAUCCCACCCCCGUUCCCUGGAGAGCUAGACGGCUCAGACGAGGAGGAGGCCGAGGGGAUGUUCGGGGCUGAGUUGCUGUCCCCCAGUGGGCAGGCUGACGUGCAGACGCUGGCCAUCAUGCUCCAGGAGCAAUUGGAAGCCAUCAACAAGGAGAUCAAGCUAAUCCAAGAAGAGAAAGAGACCACGGAGCAGCGUGCGGAAGAGCUGGAGAGCCGGGUGUCCAGCUCGGGCCUUGACUCGCUGGGCCGGUACCGUAGCAGCUGCUCACUGCCGCCCUCCCUCACCACCUCCACCCUCGCCAGCCCCUCACCUCCCAGCUCUGGCCAUUCCACCCCUCGUCUGGCACCCCCCAGUCCUGCCCGGGAGGGCACCGACAAGACUAACCAUGUCCCCAAGGAAGAAGCUGGUGUCCCGCGAGGGGAGGGCCCAGCCAUUCCAGGAGACACCCCGCCACCCACUCCCCGCUCUGCCCGUCUCGAGAGAAUGACCCAGGCUUUGGCACUGCAGGCGGGGUCACUGGAAGAUGGGGCCCCUCCCCGGGGAAGUGAGGGCACCCCAGAUUCCCUCCAUAAAGCCCCCAAGAGGAAGAGCAUCAAGUCAUCCAUUGGUCGGCUCUUCGGCAAGAAAGAGAAGGGCCGGAUGGGACCCCCGGGCCGGGAAAGCGUGUCUCUGGCUGGAACGCCGUCUGAUGAAACCCUGGCCACUGACCCUCUGGGGCUAGCCAAGCUGGCUGGCCCGGGAGACAAGGACAGGAGGAACAAGAGGAAGCACGAACUUCUGGAAGAGGCCUGUCGCCAGGGCUUGCCUUUUGCUGCCUGGGAUGGCCCCACCGUGGUCUCCUGGCUGGAGCUCUGGGUGGGCAUGCCUGCGUGGUACGUGGCCGCCUGCCGGGCCAACGUCAAGAGCGGCGCCAUCAUGGCCAACUUGUCAGACACGGAGAUCCAGCGGGAGAUCGGCAUCAGCAAUCCGCUACACAGGCUCAAGCUGCGCCUUGCCAUUCAGGAGAUGGUGUCACUCACGUCGCCCUCGGCUCCUGCCUCCUCACGCACUCCCACAGGAAACGUGUGGAUGACACACGAGGAGAUGGAGUCUCUGACGGCAGCUACAAAACCCAUCCUGGCGUAUGGUGACAUGAACCACGAGUGGGUGGGGAACGACUGGCUUCCCAGCCUUGGGCUGCCCCAGUACCGAAGCUACUUCAUGGAGUCGCUAGUUGAUGCUCGGAUGUUGGACCAUUUGAACAAGAAGGAACUGCGAGGCCAACUCAAGAUGGUGGACAGCUUCCACAGGGUCAGUCUGCACUAUGGUAUUAUGUGCCUGAAACGGCUCAACUACGACCGGAAGGACCUGGAGCGGAGGAGGGAAGAAAGCCAGACCCAGAUCAGAGACGUGAUGGUGUGGUCCAACGAACGGGUCAUGGGUUGGGUGUCUGGUCUUGGCCUGAAGGAAUUUGCUACGAAUCUCACCGAGAGUGGGGUGCACGGAGCGCUGUUGGCUCUGGAUGAAACCUUCGACUACUCCGACCUGGCCUUGCUUCUACAGAUACCUACGCAGAAUGCGCAAGCUCGGCAACUGCUGGAGAAAGAAUUCAGUAACCUCAUCUCCUUAGGCACAGACAGACGGCUGGAUGAGGACAGUGCCAAGUCCUUCAGCCGCUCCCCAUCCUGGAGAAAGAUGUUCCGUGAGAAGGACCUCCGGGGUGUAACCCCCGAUUCGGCCGAGAUGCUACCCCCCAACUUUCGCUCAGCUGCAGCAGGCGCCCUAGGUUCACCGGGGCUCCCUCUCCGCAAACUGCAGCCUGAAGGCCAGACUUCUGGGAGUUCGCGAGCAGAUGGUGUUUCAGUCCGGACUUACUCCUGCUAGUGUGCACCUCCAGGUCAGGACGCUGCCAGGUGAUUUUUUUAGGGUUCAGGGUGGUGCGACGGGAACGCGGGAUGGCACACCAGAUGGUUUCCACUCUGUGAACUGUGUGUCUGGCCUCAAUGCAAGUGACCUCACUCCCACUCCGAUGAAGACCCUUCCGAAGGCUGGGCCGUUUUCCCUCCUUUCCAGAGUAUUGUCUAGCCCGAGACCGCCGUGUGGGAGCUCGCCCUGCGGACUGCACCACCUAUACCUACCAGCCGGGUGUGCGUGUUCCCGCCUCCCAAAUGGACUGGGCCUGGACCAAACCAUAAGAAAUGGACUGAAAGGGGGCAGCCGAAGAAGAGGACAGGAAGAAAUCCCACCCCCAAACUUCCGUCUCCCUUUUCUCUACUUUGUAAUUUAUUGAUGAUCCGUUUCGAAUGGGAGCCAGGCGCCCUGCGCCUGCGGAAAGGGGGCGGGGCUCCCCUCUCGGGCCGCAUGCGGGGAGAUGCCACCCUCCCCUCUCUAUCGUCCAGUCGCGGGGCCCAAGUCUUCCUUCUCCGUCCGCUAGGAGGGGAGGGGAGACUCGCUGCUACAAGCCUCGCCCCCCCCCCCCACCCCGUGCCACUCAGCCCUGCCCCGCUGCCUCUUGUCGCCAGUCCUUGGGGUCAUCUGCAAGCGAGGUUCCCUGACCCUCCCCCCUGUCUCGUGUUCCCCGGGGCCUCCCCGCCCCUGUGCUAGAGGGUCAGGGCCCAAGGGUCAGGGACGCAGCACUGUGUUCCCAUUUCCCCUCUGGCUCCGGGGUUUGCAUGGGAAAAUCCCUCUGUCAACUAUGCCGCUGGUGACGAGGCUGGGGAGAGGACGGACAAUGGGGAGCCCCCACCACCACUCGGCCCCUUGGCUCCAGGCGUUUCUCAGUGAUCACGGGUAAAGACCUACUGUUUCAAAAGUUCUGGUGGUCACCAGCCUUUUUUUGAGACAGGGUCUCACUUUGUAGUCCUGGCUGGCCUGGAACUCACUGUGUAGACUAGGCUAGCCUCGAACUCACAGAGAUCCGCCUGCCUCUGCCUCU